GAAGGGUAUAAGCCAGAGGACGCCGUGUCCUUAAGAUUACACGAAGCACUGCGGGAAAUAAAAGACCGUGGACGAGGAAUUCCAGUAGAUGGUCAUAAAUAUACCCAAGAAGAACUUCAAAAAGCAUUACGUAGUGUCGUAAAAGCAGCAGUGGAAAAUGGACAUGGAGAACAUUUAGCUUGA